AUGAGAGAUGUGGGUCUGCAAAAGAAGUUCCUCAGCCGGAAGAGGAUACCACUCAAAGACGUCCUCGACGAAGCAACAGCAGCCGAAACAUCCGAGAAGGCAGCCGCCGCGAUGUCCCGGCGCGGGGAGGACGACUAUCCCCGCAGCAGAACAGUGCACCAGACAACCAUCGCUCACACAAGUGAUGAGGGGACCACCAAGUUCCAUGUGACGCUGAUGGCGGAAGGCAUCCACCCCACCAAAUCAAAAGUGGAAGCAAUCCAUGAAGCUCCAAGCCCAAAAAACAAAACGGAGCUUCAGGCUUUCCUUGGGUUGCUCAACUUCUACGCCAUUUUCUUAAAACAGAAAGCCACAGUUGCUGAGCCACUCCACCGCCUGCUGGGGAAAGCGGCUUCCUGGAAGUGGGGCCAGGAAGAGGAAGCAGCAUUCCGGGCCAUCAAAGGACUAUUGACGUCCAAGAGCGUUCUCAUCCAAUACAGCGAGACGCUCCCCAUCAAGCUGACCUGUGAUGCAUCACCUUACGGGGUGGGGGCAGUCCUCAGCCACGAACUGCCCAACGGCUCGGAAGCCCCGAUCGCUUACUUCUCGAAGACCAUGUCCGGCGCAGAACAGAACUACAGUCAGCUGGACAAAGAAGCCCUGGCCAUUGUGGCAGGAGUGAAGCGCUUCCACGAAUACCUCUACGGAAGACGCUUCACCAUAGUCACCGACCACAAGCCACUCCUGGGACUCCUCGCAGGCGACCAACCCACCCCGACCUUCAUGUCCCCGCGGAUGACGAGAUGGGCCAUCUUCCUAGCCGGCUACUCCUAUAGGCUCGUGCACCAGCCAGGCACAGCCAUAGGAAAUGCCGACGCACUCAGCAGAUGCCCAUCGAGGAAUCCAGUCGAAGACCCAGCCCCCACGCUCCACCUAUUCCACAUAGACGACGAUGCCAGCUGUCCAGUCUCAUCCGCAGAUGUGGCCGUUCACACCCAAAAGGACCCCACACUCCGCCAAGUGAAGUCCUGGAUCCUCAGAGGGUGGCCAUCGGAAAAAACAGAGGAGAGAUUCAGCCCAUUCGCCAGGAAACAGAAGGAGCUGUCCACCAUCAAGGGCUGUCUGCUAUGGGGAGACAGGGUGCUGAUUCCAAGCACUCUGCAACGGUGGACGUUAGAGACUCUGCACAAAGGGCAUCCGGGCAUCGUCCGCAUGAAGGCCCUGGCACGGAGUUACGUCUGGUGGCCCUCCAUGGACAGAGAUAUUGAGCAAUGGGUCUCCAGAUGUGACCCGUGCCAAGAAGUUCGCCCAGCGCCGCCACAAUCCGAAGUCGUGAAGUGGGAGACCCCCAGCAACCCCUGGUCGAGGAUCCACAUCGACUUCGCGGGUCCAAUGCAGGGGCGACACCUCCUCAUCGUGGUAGAUGCCUUCUCCAAAUGGCUCGAGGUGGUGCCCAUGGCAUCUACCACAACAGAAGCGACGAUCCGAGCCCUGCGCCGUCUGUUCGCCACACAUGGACUACCGGAUGUGCUGGUCUCGGACAACGGCCCCCAGCUCACAUCCCUGGCCAUGGAGUCCUUCCUGGCAGGACUGGGCAUCCGCCACGCCCUGUCCGCCCCGUACAGGCCGGCCGGAAAUGGACAAGCUGAACGCAUGGUCAGACUCACCAAAGAAGCCCUCACCAAGAUGGGCCCGGGAGACUGGCAAGAACGCAUAGACAACUUCCUCCUCACCCAGCACAUCACGCCACAUGCCACCACCCACAAGACCCCGGCCGAACUACUAAUGGGCAGAAGGUUGAGGUCACCCCUGGACCGGCUGCACCCCCAAUACAGCCCGGAAGUGACCGCAACCGCCAGCCGCCCGCUUCGCGCCUUCAGCAAGGGAGAUUCAGUUUUCGCGCUGAAUUUCAACGGCUCUCCUAAGUGGCUGAAGGGGAAGAUUGCCAGCACAACCGGCCCCAAAUCCUACACCGUCGAGUGGGAAGAUGGACAGGUCUGCAGACGCCACAUCGACCAGCUCCGGAAAAGGUCGGACAACACGAUGCAAGCCAGCACCACCCGCGACCAGCGGACUGGACCCGAGGGCACCGAACGGAACCACCACCCAACCGGCAGCAGGCCGAAUCGCGACCGAACCGCAGCGCCCGGGAAACCAGGGAAGAGCAAGCAACAGACUUACUGA